CUUUAUCGAUUUUUCAAAAUGUUUAUUAUAAUUUUAUUAUUUGUCUUUGUGAUACAGAUUAAUGGUGAAUAUCAUCAGUUAAAUAAAAAUAAUUCAAGUGAAUUUAUUAAAACAUCAGGAAGACCAUGGAAAUGGCCAGAAACAAAAACAAUUAAUGAACAAUCAUUUAUAUUUCAUUUAUUAAAACAUAAAUUUAAAGUUCAUAUGAUUGAAAAAAUUCCAACAACACAAAUGACACCAGUACCAAUUGAUUGUAUUUGUGUUCCUUAUUAUCAGUGUAAUGUUAAUAAUACAUUAAUUACUGAUGGAAUUGGAGUCAUUGACGUGAGAAUUCGACAAUGUACUGGUGAUUUAGAGGUAUGUUGUAAAUUACCUCCACCAACUACAAAGCCUCCAGCAAUGAUGGAACAAAUUGUAACUCCAACAAAUUCACCAACAAUUAUUUUUACAAAUCCACCAACAAUGCCUCCAACUACAACAACAACUAUGGCACCAACAACAACAACUACAACAAUGGCUCCAACAACUACAACUAUGGCUCCAACAACAACAACAACUAUGGCUCCAACAACGACAACAACUAGACCACCAAUAAUUACAACAACAAAUUUACCAUUAAUUCAGCCAUUACCAUCAAAUUGUGUAUGUGUUCCAGCAUCACAGUGUGAUAUAAAUGGUGUUGUUAUAAUAUCAGGUGCUGGUAUUAUAAAUCCUCGACAAUCAUUAAAUCCUUGUACACAAUCAGGACAAGUAUGUUGUCGUUUACCAACAACUGAAAUUAAUUUUCCAACAGUUAUAAUUCCAUCACCAGCACCAACACAAAUAUCAAUUCCAUCAACACAACCACCAGCAACAAUAAAUUGUGUUUGUGUAUCAUUAAUACAAUGUGAUAAAAAUGGUUUUGUUAUUGUAUCAGGAGCUGGUAAUAUUGAUCCAAGAUUACCAAGUGGAAGACAAACAUUUACAUCAUGUUCAAGUGGACAAAUAUGUUGUAAAUUACCAAAAAAUGGACAAGAUUCUGAUGCUACAUCUACAAAUACAUUUCAACAAUUAUUACCAACACUUCCAGUACCAUCAAUUGAUCCAAGAAGUAAUGUAACUGGUGUUAAAAAAAAUAUUGGAACACAAAAUGAAUGUACUUGUGUACAGCCAUCAAUUUGUCAAGAUGGUUUUGUUGUAACAAGUUUUGGUGGUGAUAAUAUAUUAACUGGUAUUAUUGAUUCAAGAUUUGGACCAUGUAUGUCUGCUAGUGCUGUUUGUUGUCGUUCAUCUGGUAUUAUUGGUAAUAAUAAACCAACAAUUGGUUCACCACUUGCAACAGUAACAGUUGUUACUUCAGCUGUUAACUUAAAUCUUUAUCCAAAUAAUCAAGUCAAUGGAUUUUGUGGUGUCAAAGGACCUGCUUGUACUGGAGGUCCAUUUUGUGCUGCUAAUUAUGGAGAAACUUAUUUUGCUGAAUUUCCAUGGAUGGUUGCAUUGUUGAUAAGACAACCUGGUGGUAAUGCUGUGUUUAGAUGUGGAGGAUCAAUGUUAAAUACACGAGCUGUUCUUACAGCUGCUCAUUGUGUUACAGAUCGACCAACUGGUGUUUUGGUUGCACGUUUUGGUGAAUGGAAUACAGCAAAUAAUGACGAGCCAUUACCAUUUCAAGAAUCUGAUGUUGAAUCAAUCGUAACACAUCCACAAUAUUAUAGUCCAGGUCUUUAUUAUGAUGUUGCUGUAUUAAUUUUAUCAACACCAGUAUCUUAUACUUCAAAUAUUCAGCCAAUAUGUUUGCCUCAACCAGGAAUGACAUUUUCUCCUGGUCAACAGUGUGUUGCUAGUGGAUGGGGACGAAGUGGUUUUGAAGGAAAAUAUCAAACAAUAUUAAAAAAAAUUGACUUACCAAUGGUGGAAAAAAAUGAGUGUCAAACAAGACUACAGGCAACAAAACUUGGUCCAUAUUUUCAACUACACAAAACAUUUUUAUGUGCUGGUGGUGAAUUGAGUAAAGACACUUGUACUGGUGAUGGUGGUGGUCCACUUGUUUGUUCAACAUCAACUGGACAAUUUAUACAGGCGGGAAUUGUAUCUUGGGGAAUUGGCUGUGGCUUGAACAACGUUCCAGCUGUUUAUACAGAUGUAUCUCAACAACGUCAAUGGAUUGAUCAGCAACUUGCUAAUUACGGUAAAAUGCUGAGGUACAUUUUACUAUUAGCCUCAGUGGGACUGACUAUUGGGGCACCACAAAAUGCUGGUUUAUCAGCAUUAAUUGAAAAAACAUUUCCAAAGCCUGUUAAUAAAAAUCCACCAGUUAAAUCAGAUCCAGAAUUGGAUAAACUUAUAAAUAAUGUAUUUCAAAUACCAAAUAAUGGACAACAAGAACAACAACAAGGUGGUGGAUUUAUUGGUAAUAAUAAUGGUCCUGGUUUUGGUGGUAACAAUGGACUACAAACUUCAGACAAUGAUUAUUGUGAAUGUGUACCAUAUUAUCAGUGUCAAAAUCAAACAAUUGUUGAUGAUGGUGUUGGAAUUAUUGACAUUAGAUUAAAACCAGGUUCAUGUGAAAUAAGUUCAUUGGAUGUUUGCUGUAAACCACCAGAAAUAAUACGUGAUGAAAAAAAUAUUGUUAGACCACCACCAUUUCAAUCACGUGGUUGUGGUAAUCGUAAUCCAGAAGGUAUUGGUUUUAGAAUAACAGGAGCAACAAAUAAUGAAGCACAAUUUGGUGAAUUUCCAUGGAUGGUUGCUGUAUUAAAAAAACAAAUUAUUGGAUCAAGCCAAGAAAAAAUGAAUGUCUAUCAAUGUGGUGGUUCAUUGAUUCAUCCACAAGUUGUAUUAACUGGUGCUCAUUGUGUUGCAACUGUUCAAGAAGGUGAUUUAGAAAUUAGAGCUGGUGAAUGGGAUACACAAACAAAAAAUGAAAUUUUACCUCAUCAAGAUCGAGCUGUACAAAGAAUAAUUGUACAUGAAAAUUAUAUUGCUGGUUCAUUGAAAAAUGAUUUUGCAUUACUUUAUUUGAGAGAACCACUUGCACUGUCUGAUAAUGUUGAUGUUGUUUGUCUACCACAAGCCAAUGACAUAUUUGACAACAGUAGAUGUUUUGCAUCUGGCUGGGGAAAAGAUGUAUUUGGAAGAGAAGGACAUUUUCAAGUUAUUUUAAAACGAGUUGAGCUACCAGUUGUUGGUCGUGAUAAUUGUCAAUCAAAAUUACGUAAUACAAGAUUAGGAAAACAUUUUGUUCUUGAUAGAAGUUUUAUUUGUGCUGGUGGUGAGCCUGGAAAAGACACUUGCAAGGGUGAUGGUGGUAGUCCUCUUGUUUGUCCACUUCGUAAUAAUCCAAGUCGUUAUGUACAAGCUGGAGCAGUUGCUUGGGGUAUUGGAUGUGGUGAAAAUGGUGUACCAGGUGUUUAUGCCAACAUUGCAAAUGCACGUCCUUGGAUUGAUGAAAAAAUGGAACAAUUACGUCAAUAUCCAGGUCUUGCAUCACCAAUAACAUACAAUUAUUAAAUGAAAUAUAUAUCCAUUGUAAAUGAUGUCAUUUUUCAUAUUAAAGUUAUAUUAUUGAGAAGAAUAAAUAAACUUUUAAUC